UCACAACGUUUAAGCGCAGCCAAUCACUCCAUUUUUAUCAAUUCUAUAAUUAUCUUAAAUGUUGAAUGAGAAUCCCCUUCUACCAUGGAAAACAGCCAAUCCCUCUCUCUCCCUCUCUUAUCCUCAACCACCUCCACCUCCACCUCCACCUCCACCUCCGGCACCGGCACCGGCGCCCCCGCAACUCCCACUUCUCCUAACCAUUCCCUCUCCCUUUCAAACCAGGCCGUCGCCGUCCGCCUCCUUCUGGUGGCCGUCGUCGGACUAACUUCACUUUGGGCCAAUCACGAAGCCUCAAAAGGCUUCGAUAUCACAAUUCUCAACAACGCCAAAGGCUCCCCCGCCGGUCAACGCUUCGAUCUCUUCUAUGUCUCAAAUGACGAAGCCACGCGCCUUCUCCUCAACGCGAGUAGCUUCAUUGAAAAUCUGAUCUACCCUUCUCCAGACUUUUCGAAGAAGAAAGUUAAGAGCGUGCAUCUCACGCUCUCCCUCCGCGAUCUCUCUUCUAAUGUUGUCGCCGUCGAGCAGCUCGACGGCGGUGUUGACUUUGUCGUUCAUUUGAGCCCUUCUAUUUUCAAUGAGAGAAACGUGAAUCACGCCAUGUCAGCGGCGGUUCUCAGAGGGAUGUCGCGCGUGUGGCUAUGGAAUGGAGAGGGCCACGCGCCGCCCUCGCUUCUCGACGGAAUGGUCGAGCAUAUUGUCACGGCGGCCGGAUUCGUCGAGAAGAAAUAUUCUGGUGGGGCCGUUAGCACGUUGGCGGCAUGUGAGCCCAUGUGGUGGAAGGAUAUAGACCCUAUGGAGGUCGCAAUGUUUCUCGACUAUCACGAAAGACAGCAGCAGGGUUUCAUCCAACGGUUGAAUCAAGGUUUGAAGUCCAGGUGGCAUGAUCGGACGGUCGAGGAUGUGCUGGGUGUGCCAGCUCAGCGCCCAUGUGGUUCGCUCAAUUCUUCCGAGAGCCUAUAGGGCAAUGGGUUGUCCACAUGGGUAAAUUACUCCAAUCUACCGAACGCAGUACCGUUCUUGAAUUGCCACGUCGGAUGUGCAUUUUCUUUUUCCUAAAUUUUUCUGGCAUCUGGUCUUACAAUUUUGUUUAUUGUUUAAAUAUUUUUGUAAGCUAUGAAUUGUACAACUUGUGUUAAAUACUCGUGAUGCUACACUACAGACAAAUGCUGAUGGUCUGUUAUAAAUAGUUGUUUGCUUCAUGGUGUAUCUUGUCCUUGCUAGAAAAUUUAUGAUAAUUAUUUAUUUUUAGUUUAACAUCA